AUGGCUGAUUCCCACCUGAAUCUCAUCAUUGACGUCGCCAAAGAGACCAAUUCCAACAGCUCCGCAGCAGACAUCUGGCGUGCUCUCGACACGGCCGUCAGCACCAUCUUCCCCAACCAGCUCUUCACCAUCUCUGUCUACGAUCAGGCCACUGGUACCACGUGUCGUCUUUACACCACGCGCAACGACGUCCAGCCUAUCGGUGCGCGGAAAAAGGUGACACAGAGUGCGUGGUCGAACCAAGUUCUUCAAGAUGGCAAGCAGUUCUAUGGCCAGUCAAUUGAGGAAAUCAAGAAAUCCUUUUCUGAGUGGGAAUUCCUGUCUACAAUUGGCUGUGAGAGUGUAUUGAACACCCCUGUUCGGAACAAUGCGACUGGUGCCAUAGUGGGAACCCUGAACAUUCUGGGCGAGCCACAUGCAUUUGAUGAGUCUCCGGUCAAGUUGGCUGUUGUGCUAGGUCAACUGGUCUCAGGAGCUAUUGAGGCUUUUAGAGAGGACAUCCUAUCAAUGCAUUUUGAAGGGAAGAUGGAAACCGUCUAG